UGAUUCCUAAAAGACCCAAUUUGAUUUUCAGAAACCCUAGAUUCGUGUUUUUUGAUCGAUUCGAUGAAGAAGAUAUGCGUGAUUUUCCUUGUACUAGUUUCCUUCUUCUUCUUAUCCUCCGCGUGUUCCGACGAAACUUCCCUGUUGCCGAAGCCGUCGAUUCUCCAGUACCCGUCGGAACACAAGAAAGUCGACGGCGAGGAGGUCAAUUUAUACUGCACGAGCUGGAGAUUCGCGGCGGAGACCAACAAUCUCGCGCCGUGGAGCACGAUUCCGGCGGAGUGCGCGGAUUACGUGAAGGACUACGUGAUGGGUAGAGGUUACGCCACCGAUCUGGAGAGCCUCUCUGAAGAGGCUUCGAUCUUCGCGAGCAGCGUCGAGUUCUCCGGCGACGGCAAAGAUAUUUGGGUUUUCGACAUCGACGAGACUCUCUUGUCCAAUCUUCCCUAUUACAUUGACCAUGCCUUCGGGCUUGAGCUUUUUGAUCACUCGGAGUUUGAUAAGUGGGUAGAGAGAGGAGUGGCACCACCCAUAGCACCAAGCUUGAAGCUUUACCAAAGAGUGAUUGCUUUGGGUUACAAGAUUUUCUUGCUUACAGGCAGGAAAGAGACCCACAGGCUUGUCACUGUUGAAAACCUCAUCAAUGCUGGUUUCCAGAACUGGGACAAGCUUAUUCUCAGGUAUGUCGGAAACAGAGAGUUUUUAUCUUUCUUUUUUUCUUUCGCCUUGUAGAUCUCCAGAUGAACAGCACAAAAUGGCGACGCUGUACAAAUCUGAGAAGAGGGAUGAGAUGGUGAAAGAGGGAUAUAGGAUUAGAGGCAAUUGAGGUGAUCAGUGGAGUGAUUUGUUGGGUUCCUCCAUUUCUCAACGAUCUUUCAAACUCCCUAAUCCAAUGUAUUAUAUCCCCUGAAGAGUGAAGAAGACAAGAGAGCACCGUGUAGAUACCAGCGAUAAUGAAAAUGUUGUUAUUUUGUUUGCCUCCCGCUUGUAAUUUGUCAGCUAUUAAAUGUACUAAUGACAGAAUGCUAUGUUUCAGAAACGCUUCUUUGGAUAAUAAUAAUAUGGUAUAGAGUUGACAUAAA